GUAUAAAAUCAGAGACCCAAAUCACCCACGGCAGCCGCCGACCCGCCGUCGCGCGCUUCCUUCUCUCUUCUUGCCCCGCCGCCUCCCUCCCCAAACACGCCGCCGGGAUGAGCUGGCGUGACCACCAUCAGAGGCCGCACCACGGCCAAGGAUACAAUCCCCGCGCCCCCGCCGCGCAGUGGCAUGGCGCCGCCUCGACGUCCGCCCCGGCCCCCGGCCACGGCGCGGCGGCACAGGGGAUGAACCCCUACGGCUUUGCUCCCAACACUCAGUACGCGCCGAACCCCUUCCACACCGCGGUCAACCACCUCCUCUUCCAGAACCCCGCCGCCCUCGCCGCCUUCCACCAACUCCAGCAGCAGCAGCCGCAGCACCUCCCCUCCCACGCCUACCACCAAAACCCUACCCCUAACAUCCAGCACCGCGCGCCCAACCCCGCCGCCGCUUCCUCACCCGCGCCGCCCCUUCCCCAGCCUCAGCAGCAGCAGCCACAGCAGCCGCGCAACCAACAGGUAAUGCUCGGGAGGGCGCAUGCGGCGGCGAGGAAGGCGCGGGACGAGCUCGUGAAUAGCGGGGAGGGCGUCACGGGGUGGAAGGUGGCGCAGGCGGUGCUGGUGGCGCUCAAGGUCGACUCGUGGGGCUCCCUCGGCGUCCAGCUCCACGACGUGCCCCUCCUGCGCGACAUCUUUCUCAUCGAGAGCAAGGUGAACACAUUCAUCCAUUGCUAUGUUGCUGCAAGAAAAAUUGUAACAGUUUAUGAUCUGGAGGUUGAAAUAUGCAAGACUGAGGGGGUUGGGCAGUUUGAAGAGCUGGGAUUGGGGCCUUUUCUUCAGCACCCACUUGUUGCACAUUAUUUUUCAGCACCUGGUGAUUUGUCUAUGGUGCCUAAGCUUAGUAGCGAGGAGAUUAUCAAUUUCCUGCAGAAAUUUGUGGAUGAUUCUAAGAAGAAAAUCACAGUGGAAGACUUCUUGGAUCAUCUUGUGAAGCAAAAAUCAGUCUCUGGAAAGGAAAAACUUGGUGUGCGGAUACAGAGCUUGGGGUUGCAUAUUUCCUUCCUCCGACAGGCCAGGAAAACUGAGGUGGCUGCUGUUAAGCUUCUAGGCAAGAUGAGUGGAUCUGAUGAUAGCAGUCGGGGGAAGGAUUUAUCGAAAAAUACAAAUUUUCAUACAGACAAGCAGGCAUUGGACAAGAGGUUCAAUUCUAUAACCAGUCGUAUAAAGCAGUUACCAGGCAUCAAUAAACAUAUUCAUUUUGAUUCAACCGAUGAUGAAAUUGAUGGCAAUACAAGCUCCGAGGAUGAUAAACUUGAUGACAAUGAGAGUAAAAAUGGCUGUUCUAUUCUUGAUAACAUGGAUGGUGAUAAGCGUGUCAGCAGCUGCCCAUAUCCUUCAAAAACUGAAGAAAUGGAAAGGCUUGGAUUGAAAUCUGAAAUUAGUAAAAAGCCAGCUUUAGAAAAUAGCAAGUUAAAAGAGGGUGGCAAAAAUGGGAAAUCAAGACAAAAAAGGAAGUUUGAAGAAAACGGGAGUCCUAGCUCUUUGUGCAAACAGUCCAAGAAGCAGCAAAAGGUGCAAACCCAGAAGCAUGAAGCAUCACCGAAUUGCUUCCUAAGCAUAGGUAAGCUGGAGAAUUUUAUAACAACAUGGAAGGAAACAUGUCGUGAACAUCCAGUUCAACAGGUUCUGGAAAUGAUAGCAAAUUACUAUUCAAGAACACCAAAAGAAAAGAAGAUAAUAAUAAAUUUCUGCUCACAAUACCCGGGCAUUGGCCUCCUCAAUGUUGCUGUUAAAUCGAUGGGAUGUGGUCUGUUGGAUAGUAUUUACGAUGUGAUACAACUCUCUGGUGAGAAUAACAUGUCUUCAAGCCCUCUUCCUUACACCACCACUGAGGUUAUGGAAAUCGAGCCUCCGAGCAAAGAAAAUACUAAAUGUAUUGCUAAAGGAGCUACGGAUAGCAGUGAGGACAACGGGACUGGGCAUAGUGUCACCAUUGGUGAUGUCAUCAGCAGGAUUACUGAAUAUAUUGAGUCCAACAGUAAAGUGCCUGAGGAUGGAGCUUUGUGGGUGAGGAAACUUCAUGAUUGUGAAACAUGUAUAACUACUCAAUUUUCGGCCAAGCAUUUUAGUGCUCUUGGCCAUGGGACAUUCCUUGAGUUUUUGGAAAAACAUGGUCAUCAUUUCCCCCCUUCAUUGAGUAGUUUUUUGAAGAGGGGAAGUUCUGAUUCUUCGUCUCUGGAAGUUUCUGUACUGCAGCAGCAAGUUGAAGUUUUACUCUGCCAAGCUGAGAGUAAUUGGCUGGAAGACGGUGACUUUUCAGAGGAUAGUUUCUUUAUGCUUCUCAAAAGGCAAUUUCCGACAAUAAGCUUUGAUUUUGUGCAAGGCAAAUCUGGGGAAAGACUUACUGGCUAUAUUGAGAGGCAGAGAAAAAACAAACAAACAAAUAGCAUAAAGUUUUCCAUCUCUUUAUUGGAGAAACGGUGGUCUGGAAUUUCGCCAGGUAGACAUGACAAUAUUGAUGAGCUGGGGAACGGUGUUGUUCAACAAUCUCAUUAUUCUGGAACAGUUUGCUCACGAGAAGCUAUUAAUUGUUUACUGAAGGCCCCUAUGUUGUCAGAUCUGCUUCUUUGGUCACAUUGGGAUCUUCUAUUUGCUCCUUCACUGGGCUCUUUCAUACACUGGUUGCUGAAUACUGGUCCAGUUCAAGAGUUAUCAUGCAUUGUGACCACAGAUGGUAGGUUUAUCAAAGUAGAUCCCUCAGCCACGAUUGAUCAAUUUUUAGAAGCCAUUAUUCAACGUUCAUCAUUUCAAGUGGCAGUGAUACUGCUUUCCUUGCUACACAUUUAUGAUGGUUCUACUAACACCCCGAUUUCAUUGCUAAAAUGUUAUGCACAACGAGCAAUAAAUAUCAUAAUAGACAACAAUGAUUUGAUGAAUGCUAAUUCUGAAAGCAAAAUAUUUAUUCCGGAGGAACUCCAUAAUCUAAGUGCUGAACAGCGUGACUGCUCUACUCGUUUUAUUGACCGUUUUCAAGAAAGCUCUCAGGUAUCCUUUGGAAGAAGUAUUAGGUCUGAUAGCUUAUCAAACAUUGAUGGCACUGUUAAAUUGGUUGCCAAAUUUAUACUUGAUUGUCUUGGUCAUCUUCCUUCGGAAUUUCGUAGUCUUGCAGCAGAUAUACUAUUGGCAGGACUUCGAACUGUUACCAAGAGCUGCUAUUCAGUCAUGUUGCAUGAAUCCACUGAAAGUUGGCACCUCUGCAUGCUUCAUGAUAUUGGUUUGUCCCUUGGAGUUGCGGAGUGGGUUGAAGAUUGCCGUAGGUUGUGUUUAACUGAAGUUCAUGCGAAGGCAGAAAUGCAUUCUUCUGCAAAGCAUACAUCUGAAGGAGCUAGACAUGAAAACUCUAACAUGCUUAUUUCUAAUGACGUUGAUACGAUGGAUGGGAGAAGAAAAUCAUUUGCUGGUACAAAUAACCAUGUUGUUGCUAUAGAUAAUAAAGACCAUAAGGUGUUAAACCCUGUUGGAACCAGGGCAGAUAUUACAGAAUUACAUACUAACAGCUCAUCCGUGAUGGGAGAAAUGAAUCUUGAACAAGCAACUCUUGUUAUUGAGACUAUACGUCGUGAAGAGUUUGGUUUGGAUGAGGCACUAAGUAACACUGGUAAUAGCUUGUUGAAGAAGCAGCAUGCUCGACUUGGAAGAGCAUUGCAUUGUCUUUCACAAGAACUAUAUUCCCAGGAUUCUCACCUACUUCUUGAGCUAGUACAGAAUGCUGAUGACAAUACGUAUCUUGAGGGUGUUGAACCAACAUUAGCAUUCAUUCUUCAGGAGAAUGGUAUUGUUGUUUUAAACAAUGAGAGGGGCUUCGCUGCUGAAAACAUUAGAGCACUUUGUGAUAUUGGUAACUCAACAAAGAAAGGAUCAAACAGGGGUUAUAUUGGAAAUAAAGGCAUUGGAUUUAAAUCAGUUUUUCGGGUAACUGAUGCUCCAGAGAUCCAUUCAAAUGGUUUCCAUGUGAAAUUUGACAUUACGGAAGGCCAGAUUGGUUUUGUAUUGCCAACUGCAGUUCCACCUUAUGCUACUAGUUCAUUUAGUAGCAUGUUGUCCUUUGAAGAUGAGUCCUUGUUGAACACUUGCGUUGUACUUCCCUUCAGAUCAAAAUUUAGGGAGGGCACUGGUAUGUGCUCCAUUGUAUCCAUGUUUUCAGAUCUCCACCCAUCUCUACUCCUAUUUCUUCACCGACUAAAAUGCAUCAAGUUUAUGAAUAUGCUUAAUGAUACACUGCUGGUUAUGAGAAGGGAGGCUCUUGGCGAUGGCAUUGUGAGAAUCUCACAUGGGAAUGAGAUCAUGAGUUGGCUGGUAGUCAGUAAGAAGUUACAGGGUACAAUUGUACGACAUGAUGUGUGCACUACAGAGAUAGCUGUUGCAUUUACUUUACAGGAGACUGAGAGGGGAGAGUAUGAGCCUUUCUUGAAGCAACAGCCGGUGUUUGCUUUUCUUCCUCUGAGGAAUUACGGUCUUAAAUUCAUUCUUCAAGGAGAUUUUGUUUUACCUUCUUCCAGAGAGGAAGUGGAUGCAGAUAGUGCAUGGAAUCAGUGGUUGUUGUCUGAAUUCCCUUCUUUGUUUGUCAGUGCCCAAGAAUCCCUUUGUGCUCUUCCCUGCUUCCAGAGGUACCCUGGAAAGGCUGUCACAGCCUUCCUGAGUUUUAUUCCUCUAGUGGGAGAAGUUCAUGGAUUCUUCAGUCAGCUCCCUCACUUGAUCCUUUCCAAGUUGCGUCAGACCCGCUGCUUGUUUCUGGAUGGCUCUAGUUUGCAAUGGGUCUACCCAUGCAAUACACUUAGGGGUUGGGACGAACAGACUAAAAUGCUACUGUCUGAUGGCUUACUUCAUGAACAUCUUGGUCUUGGGUACCUCUCGAAAGAUAUUUUGAUAUCUGAUAAAUUAUCAAGGGCCUUAGGUAUUUAUGAUUACGGACCAAACAUUUUGAUGGAUACCAUCUCAUCUAUUUGCCGAACUGAUGGUUGUAUUGAGUCACUGGGCCUGGAAUGGCUAUGUGCUUGGUUCGUUACCCUUUAUUCGACGUUGCUGUCUCAUUCAUUUAGAAAUGUUUCCUUAACAAGAAGCCUCGAAGAUGAUCUUUUAAGUACACUUAGGAAAAUACCAUGCAUCCCACUUUCAGAUGGUUCAUUUAGUUCUGUUGCAGAUGGCCCUAUAUGGUUGCCAUAUGAUAUUGUCAAUUCCAUACCUGAACACAGAAGUAGCAUUCAGAAUUUUCAGGUUCUUUAUAGUAACCUUCGAACUGUAAGUACUCAUCUUCUCUCUGCAUCCUGCAAAAAUAAAUACCUCAUGGAGGAGGUCAGAACAAACGAUCUGAUAGACAUUCUGCUAAAAAUCGGGGUGAGGAAAUUGUCUGGGCAUGACAUUAUUAAAAAUCACAUCAUGGCAUCCUUGUGUAAUGGCAUAGAUGCUAAUGUGGCUGAUAAAAUGAUGAUAGAGUAUGUGAGCUUUAUUAUGCUUCAUCUUCAGUCUUCUUGUACAAGCUGUAACUUUGAAAAGGAAGAUAUAGUGUCAGAACUACAGAAGAGGCCUAUUUUCCUUACAAACCAUGGAUACAAGUGCCCAGCUGAUGAGCCGAUUCACUUCAGUAAAGAUUACGGAAAUUCUGUGGAUGUGGGUAGGCUACUUCAGAAUUUAGAAAUUAAUUGGAUUGAACUUGAUAGUAGGUAUUUGAUGAAUCAUGGUUCAGAUCCGUUAUUUGAACUGAAAAAAUGGAGGCGAUUUUUUGAGGAGAUCGGUGUGACUGAUUUUGUGCAGGUUGUGAAACUUGAGAAAAAUGUACCCCAAGUUGAUUCCUUUCUAGCAGGAAGUCAUUCUCAAGGUGAUAUUUCUGCAACACCCUGUACUGUAUAUGACUGGGAGUCGCCAGAAUUGGCUAGUAUUUUAUCAGUUUUUUCUUCAAAAAGAUGCCGGGAAAAUUGUAUAUAUCUUCUGGAGGUUCUUGACAAAUUCUGGGAUGAUUGUUAUAGUGCAAAAGCUAGGAGUCUCACAAGUGCGACACAUUGUGGUGAAAACAGAACAGUCGAAUCAUCCUUUUUGAAGUGUAUCCGAAGCUUCAAAUGGAUAGCAUCAAGUAUAGAUGAGGAUCUUCAUUAUGCAACAGAUUUAUUCUAUGAUUCUGAAAAUAUGCGCUCUCUUCUUGGUAGGGUGGCCCCAUAUGCUGUACCGCAGGUAUCUAGCAGUUCACUUAGGAAGGACAUUGGAUUAAAAACAGAGGUAUCCUACUGUGAUGCUUUGAUGGUCCUGAAGUCUUGGAUAACAUCACAGGUUCCUUUUAGUGCAAGUAUGAACCAGAUGUGCAAAUUCUAUACCUUUCUAUCAGAAGGUGCGGCUGACUCAAAGAUUGACAUUAAACGGGAGUUCCUGUCAUGCUCCUCUAUAUUUACACCAUUACAACGCCCUCGAUCUUGUGAGGUUGUUCCUGGGAAUUUUUUUCCACCAGAAGAUCUCUAUUGGCAUGACCCAACAAGAUGUUCUGAAAUGACAGAGGAACUCAUUUCAAUGAAAAACGGAAGCAUGUUCCCAAGAAGAAUGCUGUCCACAGCCUAUCCAAGCCUUUGCGAAUUCUUUACUGAAGCGUGUGGUGUACCAAAAGUCCCAUCAACAUCCAAUUAUGUUGAGAUACUGUUACGCCUAUCAAAUGUUGCAUUGCCUUCUCAAGCAGCCAAUCAUGUCUUCCGUGUAUUUGUGAGAUGGGCUAAUGAUCUACAUUCUGAAAGUGACAAGAUGAAUGAUAUAUUGUACUUGAAAGAAUCUCUUAAAAAAUUGGAGACAACAAUAUUGCCCACCUCGGUUGAUAAAUGGGUCUCUCUACAUCCUUCUUUUGGCCUUGUUUGCUGGGUAGAUGAUGAUGAGUUGAAGCAGCAAUUUAAAACUUCUAGUGAUGUUGAUUUCAUACAAUUUGGUGACCUUUCUCCUGAGGAUAAGCAAAUGCUGUACGGAAAAGUUGCUGCUUUGAUGAAAAGUUUAGGUAUCCCAGCACUUUCUAAGGUUGUGUAUCGCGAAGCAAUAUUUUAUGGUACAACAGACAACAGAGAAAAGGCUGCUUUAAUUUAUUGGCUUUUGCCAUAUAUUCAACGGUACAUCUAUAAGAUGCAUAGAGAUGCAUAUAUGAACUUCCAGCAAAAUGAGAUCAUGAAGCUUAGCAAUCUGCAAGUUAUUGUUGUUGAUAAGUUAUUCCACAAGUAUGUGAUAAGAGGACUUGAUAGUUCUUCUAAGAAAAGAUUCAAAUGCCAUUGUCUUUUGCAGGGAAAUACUCUAUACGCUACACAGGACUCUGAUUCACAUUCAGUGUUUUUGGAACUUUCUAGAAUUUUCUUUGAUGGAUCUCCUGAUCUGCAUUUUGCAAAUUUUCUGCACAUGAUCAAAACCAUGGCGGAAUCUGGCACCUCUGCUGAGCAAAUAGAGUCUUUUAUCGUUAAUAAUCAGAAUGUGCCUGAGUUGCCUGCGCAUGAAGCUCUUUGGUCCUUUUCUUCCUUGUCUGCAGCCAACCAAGGUGUUGAUCCAGAAGGGGUUGAACUCGUACCUGCGUUUGAAUUCAAUGUUCCCAAUCAUCAGAGGGCACCAGGAAUUGUUUCAAGUUGGCCACCUAAUAAUUGGAAAACAGCACCAGACUUCAGAACAUCUCACAGAAGCCAUCAUUCAUGCAGGCAAGAGGCAAAGGUGAAUGAUGCUGGACCUUUGUCAGACUUAACCAUGCCUGCUGAGUCUGGACAUGUAGAGGACACUUUGGUUCCUAUUGAUCUUGAAGGGAAUUGGAUUAUAGAAGAGAAUAUAAGGACAGAAAAUGCAUUCCAUGCAGAUAUUUCAGCGGCAGUCCUCCAUGAACCUCAGAUGGUGAUGCCUGUUGAACCUUCCAAUGCACCUGCUUAUUUGGACUUGGAGACUGGAAGUUCAAGCGGAACUGUUAAUGUUGAGCUAACAAACUUCAAUGAGAAAGUGGCCAAUGUUGCAGAAGAGAGGGAGAGGUUCUGUAUCGGGCCCACGGAUGCCAGCCAGUUAAGAACUGGCAGGCUUGGUGAAGCUCUAGUCCACAAAUAUUUUGCCGAGCAGCUAGGAUCCAACAAUGUCAGGUGGGUGAAUGAAGAAAGUGAAACCGGACUGCCUUAUGAUAUUGUUAUCACGCGCAAAAAGGACUCGGAAUAUGUGGAGGUGAAGGCAACUGUAUCUUCAAAAAAAGAUUGGUUCUACGUCACAUCGAGGGAAUGGCAGUUUGCAUUGGAGAAAGGGGAUUCAUUCAGCAUUGCCCGUGUUAUUCUGUCGGGUACAAAGCAAGCAAGUAUUGAAAUGUUGAAAAAUCCUUACAAGCUCUAUCAGCAGAAAGCAUUGCGGCUUGCUCUCUUGAUAUCCAGGUAACAUAUAAGCUCAUCAGCAGCAACGUAGACCAAAUGCCACUUUUACUGCAACCAGCACUGAUGACCUUGUUCCGAUUGAAAUGAUUGUUCUGAAUGGACUGAAUCUGCCUGCAUCUUUGAUCAAGUGUUUUGUCUGUUUUUGAAGAGUGAUGAGGUGGUUCUUAGUAGAUAUCAGCAUACCGUUCAGUCUGUCUAUAGUAGGCUACCCUUUUCUACAUGCUAACCUGAGGAAUGUUCUCCAUUGAUGGCUCUCGAACAUGUCACGUGUGACGCCUUGUCUGCAACUAUGCAUCUGAUUUGUAAUCAGUUCUCGAAUUUGGUGCAUAAUGUAUCCGAUUUUCUUCUUGCAUUUUCCUUCGGUAGAUUGUUUUUCCUGGGACCAUGUUCCCUAGGUAGAUGGUAGCUGAAGGUGAAAUUGUACAGAAAUGUAUGUAAUUUUAUGUUACCAUGCGCUAUUAACUAAUAGUAAUACCAGGAUGGUUCACAAUACCAAAUA